AGAGACCAUGGAGUUAAUCAAAACCCAGAGAUCAAACACAUGAAUCAGAGAACAGAGAUGGGAAGAAGGAGAGGGAAAGAAUCAAAAUCAUACACACUUCCUUCAUCUCCCUCUCACUCAUUUUCCUCUUCUUCAUCCUCAGACUUCGAGUUCACAAUCUCAAUCUCGCCGCGCAAAUCCUCCACCGCACUCUGCCCCGCCGAUGAACUCUUCUACAAGGGUCAACUCCUCCCUCUCCACCUCUCCCAGCGCAUCUCCAUGGUCCGCACGCUCCUCCUCUCAUCCGCCAGCACCUCCUCCGCUUCCACUGCCGCACGCGACUCUACCGGCAGCAGCUCCAACGACUCCCACUCCUCUUUCACCAGCGACCUUGCACUUUUCCCUGACUGCGACUCUUCUCGGCCUAGCUCCGUAACAGAGGAAGACGAGUUCAAGCGCCUCAAUAAUAACAGUACCGGUAACAGCAACAGCAACAACCAACCAUGUUCCACCAUCAAGAAGUCUCAUAAGUUUUUUUUCUCCAGAUUCUCCUCUGUUUUCCGCAAGGAAAACAACAACCUACAAGCCAAAACCCGUGACCUAGACACUGCCUCUGCUAACUCCUCGGUGAAGCGGAUCAGCGUCACCGCCAGGGAGGUUAUCAGGAAGUAUUUCAAGAAGGUAAAGCCUCUCUACGAGAAGCUCUCGCAGAAACAGCAGAGGUCUGGGCAGUUAAACGCAACAGAGGGUGCAAGUGCAGUAACAAUGACUUCUGUUUUUUCUCUUUUAAGCAAGACUGAGAGAUCUACCAAACUCUCAGAAGGUACCAAGACAGGGAGAAAAGAGAGUGUGAGUGCGCUUUCUCAUUCUUUCUCGGGAAAUCUCAGAUAUCCCAGGAGAAGAAGCUGCGUAUCCAGUUGUCCUUCUUCUAUGAGAUCAUCGCCGAAUCACUCUGGUGUUCUUUCUCAACGAGGUGCUGCUGCUGCUAUGUACUGUGGAGACACUUCUUCUAUGGAAGAGUUGCAGAGCGCGAUCCAAGGAGCUAUAGCCCAUUGCAAGAACUCUUUGAUUCAGAGCAAAACAAUGAUAUCUCCGAACUCAAGGAUUUAUCCACUGAUUAUUCGAGGGGUGUUAUAAAUCUUACCUCAACAGUUACCUUAUUCGGGAAAGUCAAGGUCUUGAAUCUCUUAAAGAUGAAAGCCACCAGUUACUCCACCUGCUAUCUCUCUCUUUUCAUCCCUCACCAAAGCAUUGAUUCCAUGUGCA